AUGAUAGAUGAGGAGGGUAAUGUUUCAAACAAACGUUUAUGUGUGAAAGACUUGGUUGCGAAAUCAGAGCCGGAUGGAACAUGGAUAAUACUUGACUUCAAUAAGGAUCAAUGUGCAAUAGGACAAGCUUCUGGUUUAUUAGCAGGGUAUUUGGGUGUAAUUAUUAGAAUGUUUAAAGACUUUCCCAUAAUAUUCGAGAGUUGGAAGGAUAUUCCAGCGGAUACAAAAACAAAUUUUUAUGAAUCAAAGAUAAAGCGCCAUUUUCUUGUUGAUGAUGGGCGUGACAAAUAA